AUGGCUGCUAAUGAAAAUAAUUCUUUUACAGAAGAUAAAGAUGAUCAGAAAACAUUAUCAUUAAAAAGAAUUAUAACAGUUUCAUCGGAUGAUGAUGAUAAUGAUAAUGAACAUAAAGAAAGUAAUAAGCGUCAACGUUCAUUAUCAUUAACAAAAAUUAAACCUUCACAAUUAAUGAAUAAACAACCUGUUAUACGUAAUACUCGACAAACAUCUUUAUCAAUUAUAAGAACUAAUAGUGAUGAGGGUGAUAAUGAAGAAAGAAAAUGGAAUUUAAAAAUGAUUACUUCAUCAUCAUCAUCAUCCAAUCAAACCCUAUCGAAGCAACAAAAGAAGAAAAUGACGCAAACGAAAUUAACAACACUAUUCAAACAAAAACCUUCUAGUCCACUUGUUCGAACAGUUUCUUCACCUUCAAUUGUCAAAACAGAAACAGUGACAGUAACUGAUCGAACACGUACAGUAUCUCUUGAUGGAAUUGAUAUUGAUGAAGAAGAACUUUUUUCUCAAUGGAAUGAUCAAUUAAAUACUUCAUCAUCAGCUGCUACUACUACAGAGGCAACAACAAAAACUGUUGAUAGUAAAUCAGUAUGGAAGCAGAUCUUUGGGAAGCCAGUCAAACCAAAACCCAUUGUUGAUGAUGAUGAAUUAAAAGAACAAUGGUCUCAAUUAGAUAAAGAACAACCACCAAGUAAUCAUCGAUUUUAUAAUCCGCCAGCUGGUGUAAAAAGAAUAUGUCCAUUUUACAAAAAAAUACCUGGUACAACAUUUUGUGUUGAUGCAUUUAAUUUUGGUAAUAUUGAAGGAAUACAAGCUUAUUUUCUCUCACAUUUUCAUUCUGAUCAUUAUGGUGGAUUAAAUAAAAAAUUCUCCAGUAUGCUUUAUUCAAAUCAGAUUACUUGUAAUUUAUGUAAAAGUCAGUUAGGUGUUCGACCAGAAAACAUGACUAUCCUUCCUAUGAAUGUAUUUACAAAUAUUCAUGGUAUUGACGUUGCUCUAAUAGAUGCAAAUCAUUGUCCUGGUUCAAAUAUGUUUUUAUUUCGAUUUCCAAAUGGAAAAUUAAUUUUACAUACAGGUGAUUUUCGUGCAGCAUCAGAUAUUUUAAAACAUCCAUUACUUCGACCUAAUCAAAUUGAUACAAUUUAUCUUGAUACAACCUAUUGCGAUUCACAUUAUCGUUUUCCACCACAAGAUGAAGUUAUUGAAAGUGCUGUUGAAUUAGUUUCAGAUGUAUUAAAAGAAAAUUCAAAAACAUUGGUAGCCGUUGGAGCAUAUCUUGUUGGUAAAGAACGCGUAUUCCAUGCGAUAGCGAAAGCACUUGAUUGCAAAAUAUUUGUUGAAGCAAGAAAAUUUCGUGUUCUUAAUCAACUUGAAAAUGAUGAUUUAUCGAAACGUUUAACAAAGAAUCCACAUGAAACAAAUAUUCAUGUUGUUGGUAUGGGUUCAGUUACUCAACCGAUGUUGCAAACGCAUAUAGAUAAAUAUUCAUUAAAAUAUAGUAAAAUCAUAGGAAUAAAACCUACAGGUUGGACAACUCCUCGAUCAACAGGUGGAUCAAAACAUUAUUCAAUUGAAACUAAAUCAUCAAAUAUUACUGUUUACGGUUUUCCUUAUAGUGAACAUAGUUCGUUUAAUGAAUUGAAAUUUUUUAUUGAAUAUCUUAAACCAAAACGAAUAAUUCCAACAGUUAAUAUUGGUCGUGCAAAUAUACGUGACAAAAUGAAUGGUUAUUUUAAACAAUGGCUAUCAGUUUAG